GCGGAGGCGGGGUCCCGGGCGAGCCGCCCUGGGAGGCGGGGGCCGUUUCCAUAGCGGCGGCAGGAGGUGUCGCGCCGGGGAACUUCCUGGUUCCCGGGCUCGGCUUCGCCGGGAUCCUCUUGGAAGGGAAACAAUGGGGCGGAGGGCACUGCGGUAGCCGCCGCGCCGGACCUGCUCGGCCGCCCGGGACUCCCGCUCGGCCGCCUGCCACAGCCGCCGCCGCCGCCGGGACCGUCCUGAGGACAUGUAUUCCUCUGAGAAACCUUGGAUAGCAGAUUUUGGUUUAAUAUCUCAUUGGGGCAACGUACAGAGACGUUUCCAGUCAUGAAUUCGGACCAGGAUGUAGCACUCAAACUUGCCCAGGAGCGAGCUGAAAUAGUUGCUAAAUAUGACAGAGGACGAGAAGGUGCAGAGAUUGAACCUUGGGAGGAUGCUGAUUACCUGGUUUACAAAGUCACAGAUAGAUUUGGCUUUUUACAUGAGGAGGAGCUCCCAUAUCAUAAUGCAGCUAUGGAACGGCAAAAGCACCUGGAAAUUGAAAGGACUACUAAAUGGUUGAAAAUGCUGAAAGGAUGGGAAAAAUACAAGAACACUGAAAAGUUUCACAGGAGAAUUUACAAAGGAAUCCCUCUCCAGCUCAGAGGGGAAGUCUGGGCUCUACUUCUGGAGAUCCCUAAAAUGAAAGAAGAAACCAGAGACCUUUACAGUAAAUUAAAACACAGAGCACGGGGUUGUUCACCAGAUAUCAGACAAAUAGACCUUGAUGUCAACCGCACAUUUAGGGACCAUAUUAUGUUUAGAGACAGAUAUGGUGUUAAGCAACAGUCCUUAUUUCAUGUUCUUGCUGCAUAUUCCAUUUAUAAUACGGAAGUUGGAUACUGUCAGGGGAUGAGCCAGAUCACAGCUUUACUCCUUAUGUAUAUGAAUGAAGAAGAUGCCUUCUGGGCCCUGGUCAAACUGUUCUCUGGCCCCAAACAUGCCAUGCAUGGCUUUUUUGUCCAAGGUUUUCCUAAACUCUUGAGAUUUCAAGAACAUCAUGAUAAAAUACUGAAUAAAUUCCUGUCCAAGCUUAAGCAACACCUGGAUUCUCAAGAAAUCUACACAAGUUUUUACACAAUGAAGUGGUUUUUUCAAUGUUUCCUUGAUCGUACUCCCUUUACACUAAACCUGAGAAUAUGGGAUAUCUACAUCUUUGAAGGAGAACGAGUUCUUACUGCUAUGUCUUACACAAUUUUAAAAUUACACAAAAAACAUCUAAUGAAAUUGUCUAUGGAAGAACUUGUAGAAUUUCUUCAGGAGACCCUGGCAAAGGAUUUUUUCUUCGAAGAUGACUUUGCAAUAGAGCAACUUCAGAUUUCUAUGGCAGAACUAAAGCGGGCAAAAUUAGACCUUCCAGAGCCUGGUAAAGAAGAUGAAUUUCCAAAGAAACCUUUGGGACAGCUUCCACCUGAAUCUCAGUCUGCUGGCAUUAGUCACCUGAGCAAUGGACAAAGAAGUGUUGGCAGGUCAAGUCCUCAUAUGAGCAGCAGAAGAGAAAGUGGCUCAUCACCUCACAAAAAACAUGAGCACUCCCCUCACCAUCAAAGCAGAAUUGGUACACCAGAACGAGUAAGGCAGCUAAGACAGAAAUCAGCGGACGAGGAUGGUAAAAAGCUUAAAGAAGAGGCCGAUUUUCAAAGGAAACUUCCAUCAGGUCCACAAGACAAUUCCAGGCAAUAUAAUCAUGCAGCUGCUAACCAAAAUAGCAAUGCGACUUCAAAUAUCAGGAAGGAAUUUGUGCCCAAAUGGAAUAAACCGUCAGAUAUUUCAGCUAUUGAAAAAACUGCCAAAUAUGCCAUCGAAGGCAAAAGUAGAUCAGCACACCCCACGCUUACAGUCACCAUCCCUAGUUCUGCUGAUGCUCGGAUAUCAAAUGUAAGGCAAAAGAUGAAGGUGUUGGAAGCUGAUGAAGGGAAGCGUGGCUCUACUGCAUCACAGUAUGAUAAUGUACCUGAAAAUGAAAAUGGCGCUUCUAUUGAAGAGGCUCUAGAAAGGGCUUACUCUCAAAGUCCAAGGAAUAUUGUUUACUCUCAUAGUCCAAGAAAGCAUGCUGAGCCAAGUUCUAGUCCAUCAAAAGUAUCAAACAAGUUUACUUUUAAAGGGCAGCCUCCAAGUUAUGCAAAAUAUCCACCUCACCUAGAUGGGGAAGAUCGCGGGACAGUUCAUCCACCAUCUUACAGUAAUCCCCCUGUUUACCAUGGAAAUUCUCCAAAACACACCCCUACUGCUAACAGCAACUUUGUGUCUCCACAGCUUACCCCUAGGACUCAAAUGAAUCCUUCCAGGAGACCUUAUGGUUCUACUCUUUCAAUCGAUACUUCUCCAGAGAAAUCUUACAGCCGCCCAACUCCUCUUGUACUACCAUCUAGUCGAAUAGAAGUUCUUCCCGUUGAUAUUGGUGCUGGGGGAUAUUCGGGCAAUUCGGGGUCACCAAAGAGUGGAAAAUUCAUCAUUCCUCCAGUGGAUUAUUUGCCAGAUAACAGAAAAUGGUCAGAAGUUAGUUACACAUACAGACCUGAGAUGCAUGGACAAUCGUGGACUCGAGAUCCUAACCGCAGCCACUUAAGCAAUUUACCAAAAUAUUCCACCUUUCAACAUGUAUCCUUUCAGGACCAUAACCUCCCAGCAGUUUCAGUAGAUAGUCCAGUGCGGUAUAGAACUUCACCAGCUUUAGAAGAUGCCACUUCCUCUGGGUAUCAAUAUUCAGGGCCCUCGCCUCCAGGAUAUCACUACAGAAAUCGGGAUGGACUUUCUAUUCAAGAAUCAGUAUUGCUGUGAGAAUUCUUCUGUACUUGCUAAAGACGAAAGAAUAGAAAUCAUAUGAAACCCAUGUUGCUAUGUUUAUAAUGGCCAAAGCAGUAUUUUAUACUAUUGUAAACAACUCGCACAAUUCUAAUAAGAAUAUAUGGAAGUGUUUUCAUCCUCACAUAGAUGCUGCUUAAGAUGAGCAUUUUAAAUUGCAUCAUCACUAAACCUGUUAAAAGGAAUUUAACAUGGAAACAUAGCAAUAGCAUUUAGGGAUGCACACACAAUAAUAAUUCAUUACUCAGUUCCAUUUAUAUCUUUCUCCAAAACCUGAACAUUUUUACUCUAUUAGCCCAUUCUAUUUUGAGUAAUGUUACAAAGCACUGAAAAACUGUCUGUGUAGAACAGGUAUUUUUAAGGCUAUAUGUAGUGUAUGUGUCUUUUAACAGAUGUUAUAGGCGUCUAUUCAUACACAUUUGAACACAGAACUAAAGAAACAUUUAAAAACUACUUUUAAUCUAGAUCCAUGGAAUAAUUUAUUAUUCUUUUUCUUAACUUGUUUUUUAGUUACUUUUUUUUUCCUUAUAUUUUUAACCCAGGUCUUAAACUGACUUCAGAGUUUGCCCUGACUUAAUUUAACAUCUCGCAGAAUGCUCAUCAUUCUCAUUCAAUUGCUGCCAUUUUCUUUCAGUCUGAAAAUUAAAGACAUUGGAGAGAUAGGCUGACCACUUAAUGGUGCUUAAAAGUCGGGGCAGUUAAAGUAAGUUCAUGGCCAGAGGUGCAAUGCUCAGUGUAUCCAUGCACGUGAGAUCAGUUUUACUGCAUUUGUGCCCUUUCUUCUGGUCUGACUCUUGCAAAGCUCGGAGCAGAACGUUCCUUGCCAGAUGCAAAGGAAAUGCUAUAAUACACUCUCCAGUGGAUGCCAGCAGGAGAAGUUGCAAGUUACUGAUCACCAAGCACUCACACAGGGCAGCAGAACAAACUCCUUUGAAAGUCAUUUGAAAGCCAGAUUAACAAUGUGGUUACUUCUGACUUCUGCCCCUCAAAUUCCUGCAGGGCCUCCCCACAAAGGGCCCAGGUGGUCAUUUACAUGAUCUUUUUCGGGCACUCUUUUCUUUCAAGAAUGUAGUCAAUGGAUAUUGCUGCACUUAGGCUGUUAAAUUAUCGUUGUGUAAAAUUAUAAAAAAAUGAUCCUAAUUAUUAAUAGGAGUCUAAGAUUUUGGGGUUUUUUUCAGAGUGUGACUUUCAAAAAUCUUUUUUUCUUUUUCAGUGAAAAAAAUUCAGGUUCAUGGUAAAAAGUUAGCAAUGUCUUUAAAUAGAUUCUAUUACACUACAAUUACCAAAAUACUGACAAAGUUUUGGGCGUUCCAAGAAAGUCUGACUUUGUAUUUAAUUGGAGAGCUUGUCUUCAACAUGGCUUUGCUCAUAUUUGAGUAGUAGAGAGUAGAAAACCUGGCAUCGAUGGCUCUUGUUGCAAGUUGGAGCUUGAAACUUUCAAGGUACAGAAGUGUCUUUUAAAAUGAGAGUGACAUUUGUUUAGCUAGUGAGUGCGACAGUAUUUUUUCUGUAUAUAAUGAGUCUAAUGUACUUGUAAUCAGCUUGGUAAUGAUGUUAUCACAUGGCAGAAGAAAGGCAGCGUAUGAGCAGCCAAGCGCCACACUGCAGCUCCAGCAAAGUCCUGCUGGCCCUGGGCUCUUGAUGCCAGUCGUGUGGGAGCCUAGACAUAAAUGUGUACAAGUGUAGCUGGGGGUAUCAAUUCCAAUUUUCAAACCAUGCUUCUGUGACUUACAAUAAACCAAGCUGUACAAUUUAGUUUAUGAUAGCAGCAUCUGGCUGCUCCAAAAUAUAUAUACCAACAGUGGUAAAUACUGUAGAUUUAUAUAUAUAUAUAUAUAUAU